ACGAGAGGAAGUGGACUUCGCUCAGUGGACUCGAGGCGCUCAGUGCUCUCUACACCCCACUGUAAAUAUCUCCGAAAGGCUCUUCAUGAACAGGGACUAGCUUUAACAUCACGACUCGAGGUGUCAGAGGAACAAUGAUGUAGGUUUAGGAGUCGGUGGACAGAUUUAUCAAAGCAACAGGCGGAUAAAAGUAGAGUUAAUAAGCGGCCAAAACUAAGGCGGUAACAUCAAAGCGGAAGUGGAGAAUUGCAAAACAGCUGUCGGUGACUUAAGCAACAGCCUUUCCCUUAGCGUUUGUUUUUAUUCCUCCCUCAUCCUCUUUCAAUAAUCCGCACCGUCCCCUUCGCCAUGUCUCUUGCCCUGAAGCAAGUCUUCAACAAGGACAGAACGUUCCGGCCCAAGCGCAAGUUUGAGCCCGGCACGCAGCGCUUCGAGCUCCACAAGAAGGCGCAGGCGUCCCUGAACGCGGGCCUGGACCUGAAGCUGGCUGUGCAGCUGCCCCACGGCGAGGACCUGAACGACUGGGUGGCCGUGCACGCGGUGGACUUCUUCAACCGGAUCAACCUGAUCUACGGCACCAUCAGCGAGUCGUGCACCGAGCAGACCUGCCCCGUCAUGUCCGGAGGGCCCAAGUACGAGUACCGCUGGCAGGACGAGCACAAGUACAAGAAGCCCACGGCGCUUUCCGCCCCAAAGUACAUGAGCCUGCUGAUGGAUUGGAUCGAGGUACAGAUCAACAACGAGCAGAUCUUCCCCACCAAUGUCGGUACGCCCUUCCCUAAGGGCUUCAUGCAGGUGGCGAAGAAGAUCCUGUCACGCCUGUUCCGCGUCUUCGUCCACGUCUACAUCCACCACUUUGACCGAGUCAGUCAGAUGGGGGCAGAAGCGCACGUGAACACCUGUUACAAACAUUUCUACUACUUUGUUACUGAAUUCAACCUCAUAGACCACAAGGAGCUUGAGCCGCUGAAAGAGAUGACGUCACGGAUGUGUCACUGAAGCGGCGUCUCGAGGUGGUACAUUCCAGCCCCACUGACCCAAUCGUCCGAAUCAACGAUUUCAGAAAACCAACCAAAAUUUCCAAAGACUCUAUUUUUAUACGUAUUAAAGUACUGUAAUAUUCUAUUUAGCGGGAAAUAUGUUAACACCCUCCGAAUUCCUCUCUUUAAUGUGUAGAAAUGUGUUUUUGCUAGAAUUCAGUAUUAGAAAUCUUUUUUUUUUUUCAUUUGAUUCUGAAUCAUUUCUUUAAUUGUUUGCUGAAAACUUUUCCCCUGUCACAAGCAUACAGAUUAUAUUUGUUAAUAUUUAUGUAUGUAUUUGAGACAGUAAACAUAUUCUGCUAAA